AUGACAGAUGUUAAAGUAUUCGAUCAAACCGAUUUAGAAAACACAAUCACAAACCAAGCUAACAAACUCCUACUAAUAAAAGAUAUAGAACAAGAUGAAAAAAGAUUAGAAAAACAAAUAAAAGAAGUUAAUUCAAAAAUAAAACAUUUAAAUUCCCUAUCUUCAAAACUAUCCCACCCAAGAACCAAAAUCAGUGAACGUAAAAAAAUCCAAAAAGAUAUAUCAUGGUAUGAACAAAAUGAAUUACAACCAGCACAACAAGAUCUAACCGAUAUUAAAAAAAGAUUAUCAGAAUCUAAAAAACUUUUGGUUGAAUCACCUAACAACCCACAAUCACAACAACAAGAUGGUGGUGGUAAAUUACCAGAUGAAUCUGAACGUGAUUAUUUAAUUAGAAUAGGUAAAAUAACUGCCUUUGGGAAUGAAAACGCGUUUAAAUCAUUUGAGAAGGGGGAUAGCUCAAGUCAAAGUCAUGUAUUUUUGAAAAAACCAGGAUUUGAAGAAGAUAUUGAAGAAUUGACUACUACAUUAAAUGAAAAACAAGAAGAGCAAGAAGAGCAAGAAGAACAAGAAGAACAAGAAGUACCAGAUAAUGAUGAAGAUGAAGAUUAUAAUUAUGAUGAAGACCUCCUAAAAGAAGAAUCACAGGCUCAACAAGAUGAAUUUGAAGAAGAAUUAGAUGAAGAAGAAAACGAAGAAAUAGAAUCAAGAAAUAUAGAUGAUGGAGAUGAAAGAUUUUAUCAAAAAAGAUUAAAACAAUGGAUUAACAAAAGAUCAGCACUUCGAAAAACAGACACUUCCCCAGAUUUAGAAGAAUGGUUAAAACCACAUCCAACAAUAACAGAUGCAAAAUUAAAUGAUGUUUUUAAAUUACCUGGUGAUAUUUAUCCAUCAUUAUUUGAUUAUCAAAAAACUUGUGUACAAUGGUUAUGGGAAUUAUAUUCACAAAAAACUGGUGGUAUUAUAGGUGAUGAAAUGGGAUUAGGUAAAACUAUACAAAUUAUAUCUUUUUUAGCUGGUUUACAUUAUUCUGGUUUAUUAAAAAAACCAGUAUUGGUGGUUGUACCAGCAACUGUUUUAAAUCAAUGGGUGAAUGAAUUUCAUAGAUGGUGGCCACCUUUAAGAUGUAUUAUAUUACAUAGUAUUGGAACUGGUAUGUCUAAUGAUAAAGAUUUAAGUGAAAUUCAAAUGGAAGAAUUUUUAGAAAAUAGUGAUCCAAAUUCUUCCAAAACUUCUCUUCGUGGUAUAAAAUCACAGUUAAAUGCUCAAGAAAUUGUUAAUAGAGUUAUGACAAAAGGUCAUGUAUUAGUUACAACUUAUGUUGGGUUACGUAUUUAUUCGAAAUAUAUACUUCCGAAACAAUGGGGGUAUUGUGUAUUAGAUGAAGGUCAUAAGAUUAGAAAUCCAGAUUCUGAUAUUUCAUUAACUUGUAAACAAAUUAAAACAGUAAAUAGAAUUAUUUUAAGUGGUACUCCUAUUCAAAACAAUUUAAUUGAAUUAUGGUCAUUAUUUGAUUUUGUAUUUCCCGGAAGAUUGGGUACACUUCCAGUUUUCCAAGCUCAAUUUUCAAUACCUAUAAAUAUUGGUGGUUAUGCAAAUUCAAAUAAUUUACAAGUUAAAACAGCAUAUAAAUGUGCUGUUGUAUUAAGAGAUCUUAUAUCACCAUAUUUAUUAAGAAGAUUAAAAAAUGAUGUUGCUCAAGACCUUCCAAAAAAGAAUGAAAUGGUGUUAUUUGUAAAAUUAACUCAAUUACAACAAGAUUUAUAUGAAAAAUUUUUAGAUAGUGAAGAUUUUAAUGCUAUUGUAAAAGGUAAAAGAAAUGUACUUAUGGGAGUGGACGUUUUAAGAAAAAUUUGUAAUCAUCCAGAUUUAAUUUAUAGAGAUGCUUUAAUGAAACGUGAAAGUUAUGGAGAUCCCAAAAAAUCAGGGAAAAUGCAAGUAUUACAAAAUUUAUUACAAUUGUGGCAAAGUGAAGAUCAUAAGACUUUAUUAUUUUGUCAAACUAGACAAAUGUUAGAUAUUUUAGAAAAAUUUAUUGCUAAUUUAUCUACUUUAAAUGAUCCAAAUCAAUUUUUUACAUACCUUAGAAUGGAUGGUUCUACUCCAAUUUCGAAAAGACAAGCAUUAGUUGAUAAUUUUAAUAAUGAUCCAAAUUUAAAUGUUUUUUUGUUGACUACAAAAGUUGGUGGGCUUGGAGUUAACUUAACUGGUGCAGAUAGAGUUAUAAUAUAUGAUCCAGAUUGGAAUCCAUCAACAGAUAUACAAGCAAGAGAAAGAGCAUGGAGAUUAGGACAAAAAAAAGAUAUUACCAUUUAUAGAUUAAUGACAACUGGAUCAAUAGAAGAAAAAAUAUAUCAUAGACAAAUCUUCAAAACUUUUUUACAAAAUAAAAUUUUAAAAGAUCCUAAACAAAGAAGAUUUUUUAAAAAUAAUGAUCUUCAAGAUUUAUUUACUUUGGGUGAUCAAAAUGAACAAGGUACAGAAACUGGUGAUAUUUUUAAUAAUGGUAAAGAAGAUAAAUAUGGUGGUUCAAAACAACGUAAAUCUGCUUCAUUAACAAAGAAAAAAUUUAAAAAUGAUGAUGAUUUUUAUAAAGUUGCUAAAAUUUCAGGAGUUUCAAAAUUAGAUAAAUUUGAAGAAGGUGAAGAAGAAGAAUCACAACAAGAACAACAAGAACAACAACCAAAAGAUGAUUCAAGAUUCAUGGCUGGUAUAUUUGCUCAAAGUGGAGUUCAUAGUGCUUUAAAACAUGAUGAAGUUAUUAAUUCAGAAGAUCAAGAAAUUUCUUUAGUUGAAAGAGAAGCAAACAAAUAUGCAAAUGAAGCUGUUGAAGCAUUAAAACAAUCAAGAUUACAAACACGUAAGAAUAAAAUUGGUACACCUACAUGGACUGGUAAAUUUGGUUCUGCUGGAAAAUUAAAAGGUACUUUUGGCAUUAAAAAACCAAAACCAAAUCCUUCUUCAACUGGUGAAUCAUCAUCAGCUAUUUUAAAUAUUUUAAAACAAAAAAGUGAAUUAAAAAAUGAUGCUCUAAAGGAUAAAGAAUCAUUGAACAGACAAGAAACUAUUGAAAAAAUUAUAAAUUAUUUAAAAUUACAACCAGAGAAUUUUGCAACAUCUCAAAAUAUUAUAUCUGGUGUUGAAUUACAAUUAGUUUCUGAUGAAGAUAUGAUUAUGAUCCGUAGUAUGCUUAGAGAAAUUGCAAAUUGGGAUGGGGUUAAAAAGGGAUGGAAAUUGAAUGAAUCUUUUAUAAAUUUAUGA